AUGAAUAGAAAACGAAGCAACAAGGGUGGAGUUCGCGACGCGUCUGAUCUUUUCAAGGGUCUCAUUACAACUGAAAAUAUUCUCAAAAUGUGUUUGAAAGCGAAGCGUUGUGAAGCGAUCGAGACACAGAAAAGAGAAAAAGAGAAAAUGAAAACAGCGAUCGAUGUUGUGUCGAGGAGCCAAACAUGA